AUGUUAAAGUUAGACUUUUCUUAUAGAUAAAUAUGGUGCUUCCUGACGUUCAUUUGGAGAAGGUUGUGGUUCACCCCUUGGUCCUGUUGUCCGUGGUGGACCACUUCAACCGGAUGGGGAAGAUUGGAAACCAGAAAAGGGUUGUUGGAGUUCUCUUAGGAAACUGGACAUCAAAGGGUGUGCUUGAUAUAGCAAACAGUUUCGCCGUUCCUUUCGACGAGGACGACAAGGACCGUGAUGUGUGGUUCCUCGACCACGAGUACUUGGAGUGCAUGUACCACAUGUUCAAGAAAGUCAAUGCUAAGGAGCGGAUCGUUGGCUGGUACCACACCGGACCUAAGCUUCAUCAGAACGAUAUUCUGAUCAAUGAUCUGAUAAGGAAGUACUGCCAACAAUCUGUCCUCGUCAUUAUUGACCCAAAACCUACUAGAAUAGGACUACCGACUGAAGCGUACAAAGUUGUUGAAGAGAUCCAUGACGACGGAACUCCGACAAACAAAACCUUUGAACAUGUCGCCACGGAGAUCGGAGCUGAGGAAGCUGAGGAGGUCGGAGUAGAACAUCUUCUCAGAGAUGUAAAGGACACUACAGUUGGUACCUUGAGUCAGAGGAUUACCAACCAGCUGAUGGGAUUGAAGGGAUUAAACCAGAAGCUGCAGGAUAUGAGGAACUACCUGGAGAAGGUUGCUAUGGGAGAACUACCGAUGAACCACGAGAUAACCUAUCAUCUUCAGGACAUUUUCAAUCUUCUUCCUGACGUGACGAACCCCAACUUUGUCCGUUCCCUCCAGGUUAACACCAACGACCAGAUGCUUGUCAUGUACAUCGCCUCAGUUAUCAGGUCUGUUAUUGCUCUACACAAUCUGAUUAACAACAAGCUGGCCAACAAGGAAGCGGAGAAGAAGGAAGGGAAAAAGGAGGAGUUGAAGGAGAAGAAGGAUGAGAAGACAGAGAAGGAAGGGAAGAAGGAAACCACCGUUGAAUCUAAGAAAUAAGUUCUUGUGAUGUAUUUAACCCCUAGAAACUAUGUGAAUAAAUGAAUAAUAAAUGUUUUCAGAUGAA